UACCUCUUGCCACGACUUCCCAGAAUCCUUUGUGGUGUUACCCCUGAAUGACGUCACAUUUUCAAUCUCUAUUCCAGUUGUCAAUGGGCAAGAGGUGGGGUACAACUCUGGACAGGAUGCCAAUCUGUCACAGGGCUAACACAAAGAGACAGAUUCACAUUUAUGAUGAAUUUAGACUCACCGCUUAAUCUAACAUCGAUUUCGCUAGUAGCAGGUCUGAGAUUUAUGGAUUUGAAGGCCUUGGUGAGGACUGGCAGUGGCCCCAGGUCAGACAGAUCCUUGUGUACUAAUGAGGGGUGUGAGAACUGGGAAAAGUGGGGAGGAGGGUGAGGCAUAAAAAUAAGAACAAACAGGCUGCAGUGCAGGAAUGAUCAAGGAAAUGGAACAAGCCAAUGUAUCUGUAGAGAGAGACCAGGCAUGUACAGGGAAAAGAUGCAAACUUAACACAAAAAGGCCCUAGCUGGUCUGUGCGUUCAGCCCUAUCUAUUGUGCCUCCUCCUAAUAUCUGUAUUAAUGCUGUAGUUUUUAAUGUAUUGAGUCUUUGUGUAUAAUAGUGCAUGUUUGCAUGCCGAGAAAUCAUCUUGGAGCAGUAAUAUUAAAGUAAAAAGUGCUGUGUUCAUAAAGCCAGAAAUAUCCUUAUUCAGGCUGCCUACUUUCUUGAUCAACUAUAAAAAUGGAAAACAAGAAUUCAUGCAGCUAAUGGCUUAAUGGUCAAGAAUGAAGAAGCUAUUGCAUUUAAUUAUUGUUCCAUUAAAUGAAACGGACCAGCAAAUGUGCUGUGAUAAACAUUUGCUGAAAUGAACAAGUUUGGAAGUUGGUGGCUUCCCUGAUUUAUUUCAGCUCUCUGCAGUGAGAAAUUGUGAUGCUGAUAAUGAUGCACCAAUGAAAGUGAGAAAUGUGUCAUCUAACAUUUGGUCAGAUGUAAACUACAUCUCAGAAGAACCAGUCAGGGUGGUAGGUUUACUUUUCUGCAGCAUUUCCUGUACUGGCAACCACCAAUGAGAAGAUGAAGCUUCGGCGAGAUGAAGCUACAGUUAAUCACAGCAAAUUGACACUUAAAAAAUUAAAGCAUUAUAUGCACCAGUGUAUUUUUGUUUCUGUUGCCAAAAAAGGCAUGAAACAUUGUUGUGGUUAAAACGGCAUGUAUGUACCGAUUAGAAAGAGUUAUUGCUCUGGGGUACUUCUUAUUCUUACUGGCCAGGCACCAAAAAGAUGCACAUUGUCAAAUAUGAAAUACACAGUAAAGGUCACUUAGUAAAGUAAUGCACUUGAAAAAUGAUAUAAAUAAGGGUGCUUCCUGGAUUCAGAUGUUGUUGUUUUUUUUACAUUGGGAUGUAAUCACUUUGUUAGAUAUACCUUUUCAUUAGUGCUAACUCAAUGCAUUUAGGCAUGUAAACAUGGCCAACGCAAACUACUGAAGUUCAAACUGAGCAUCAGAAAGGGGAAAGAAAGAUGGUUUAUGUAGCUUUGAACCUGGGAUGUUGGUGCCAGAUGGACUGGUCUGAGUAGUUCAGAAACUGCUGAUGUACUGGGAUUUUUCCGCACACAACCGUCUCUAGGGUUUCAGAAAAUGUUCACAAAAGAGAAAGUACCUUGUUGAUGCUAGAGGUCUGAGGAGAAUGGCCACACAGCUUUAAGCUAAAGGGCAAGGUAAAAGUAAGUCAAAUACUCAGUGGUUACACAGAGCAUCUGUGAAUGAACAACACAGUGAACCUUAAAGCAGAUGAUCCACAGCUCAGAAGACUACACUGAGUGUAACUCUUGUCAGCUAAGAACAAAAAACUGAGCCUGCAGUUUGCAAGUACUCACCAUAAUUGGACAGAAGUUUGGAAAAAUGUUGCCAGGCUUGAGUCUUCAUUUUCUGUUGUGACAUUUGGAAGGGUCACAAGUUGUUGUAAACUACAUGAAAGUGUGGAUCCAUACUGCUUUUUAUUAAUGGAUCAGGAUGAUGUUCUGUGGGAUAUUUACUUUGGGGCCCUUAGUAGUAACUGAACUAAGCUGGUACUGACCAUAUUUAUCCCAUAAUGACCAGUGUGCCCAUCUUCUGGUGGCACACAUAAUGUCAUGAAACUGAAAUCAUCUAAAUCAUACUUUUCAUGAACAUGAUAGUGAGUUCACUGUACUUCAAUGGCCACUACAGUCAAUAGAUCAAUAGUGUAUAAUAAUAUAAUAUAUAAAAGAUACUGUCAUUUUUAUAUAUAUGGACAUUAACUUCUUUACAGUAAGUGUAUUUUAUAUUCAGUUUCCAGGGUGAACUGCUCUUCACAUACAACAACACAAAUAAGGCCAGAAUACAUAUUUGUUUAUUGCUCAACCUAAACCAGUUUUGUUCCUGUUGCGUUCACCUUCUAGAGCAUUUUAUAUAUUCUGUAGUAUUUGGGCGUAACGUUGCGGCUGUGAUGACGACACAUCGGACUACUUCCUGGCUCUGACCAUGUUAAUACGUUUUGUGCAUUCGCAUAAACACAAGUCAUUCCAAUUUUAAUUAAAAGUGUAGUGUUUGCACCACAGGGUGGCGAUAUUUGCAAAACAAUUCACUAAUUGAUACAGCAUGUUCUGGUUGUUCAUAAUAAUUUUAACACACGAUACAAGUUUGAAGAAUUGCGUCCUUGCUGUGUUAGAAAACACCCGUGAAACCUCUGAGUUAGGGUGGUGUGUCAGUCCUUAAUACGAUCUGUCUAUAUGUGGCGGCAUAAUGAAUGAGUUACAUCCUUUUUACAUUUUUUAAAAACAAUAUCUAUAUACACUUUUUUUUUUGAAGAUGUAAAAUAUAUGUAUUUUCUUACGUCAGCAUUAGCCUGUCGUAUAACAGCAUGAGAACAUCCCGAGCCUAGGAAGUUCACAUCCCAUCAUCAGCAUCCAGCGGUUUUUUUUCCCCCCGCUGUCGAUUCAGCCCCUCCUUCCUCCCUUUUCUCGUACCCCAAGGGUCUCGCGAGCGCGCACGCGUGCGAAACUGCGUGGGAAUGGCUGUUUGUAUGAUCGAGGGGGUUGGGCCGCUUGGAGCGAGCGGUGAGCUGCAUGAGUUUGUAAUGUCCGCCAUGUUGGCAAUGGCGUAUUGAACCAGGGAGGAACAGCGGUGCCUACGAGAGAAAGAGACCGACAGAGAGCGAUCGAGACCCGGGCCUGCCCGGCUCUGUUCGCGCUGCUACGGACCCAAGCCCGCCCUCAAUCGACCGGCUGACUCUCAGAGACCGUCACAGAUUCAUCCAUGAGAACUCGAGGCAGACCUGCUGUUAUUCCUAGCAGAUCGAAUAGAUUUAUGCUGCAUCUUUUAUUAUAAAAAUGAGUAAAUUGUCGUUUCGGGCACGGGCACUGGAUGCUAGUAAGCCCCUGCCCGUCUUCCGCUGCGAGGAUUUGCCGGACCUGCACGAAUAUGCCUCAAUCAACCGGGCAGUACCGCAGAUGCCAACGGGGAUGGAAAAAGAGGAGGAAUCGGAGCACCAUCUCCAGCGGGCCAUCUCAGCGCAGCAGGUAUAUGGCGAGAAGCGGGACAACAUGGUUAUCCCCGUCCCCGAGGCGGAGUGCAACAUCACGCACUACGAGUCCCUCUACCCCGGGGAGUUCAAAAUGCCAAAGCAGCUUAUUCACAUACAGCCUUUUAGUUUGGAUACAGAGCAGCCAGACUAUGACCUAGAUUCAGAGGAUGAGACGUUUGUGAAUAAGCUGAAGAAGAAAAUGGAAAUCACUGCUCUGCAGUUUGAAGAAAUGAUAGACCGGCUGGAAAAAGGCAGUGGACAGCAGCUUGUCAGUCUACAGGAAGCCAAACUGCUGCUGAAGGAGGACGAUGAACUGAUCAAGGAGGUCUUUGACUACUGGAGCCGGAAGAGGAAAACCAGCAAGGGUGGCUGCCUCAUCCCCAGCGUCAAGCAGGAGAAGAGGGAUGGCUCUAGCACCAGCGACCCUUAUGUGGCCUUUCGCCGACGGACAGAGAAGAUGCAAACUAGGAAGAAUCGAAAGAAUGAUGAGGCCUCAUAUGAGAAGAUGCUGAAGCUGCGCAGGGACUUGAGUCGAGCUGUCACCAUCUUAGAGAUGAUCAAAAGAAGAGAGAAGAGCAAGAGGGAACUGUUGCACCUCACACUGGAAAUUGUGGAAAAGAGGAAUGUGUUGCCAGACUUUGGCAGUGAGGUGAUGGCAGAAGCACUGGCACAGCGGGCUCUGGUGAAGCCUGUUUACACCAUCCCCAUCAUUCCCCUGUCCAGCAGUAACCAGUACAGACAUCAGGACCACUUGGACAUGAAGGACUACAAGAAACCUGAGAAGACGGAGGCAGUUCGAACCAAAAGGAAAUAUGAAAAGAAACCCAAAAUCCUGCCUAUGUCAGCGCCUCAACAUUCAGGGCCCCCUGUGUUCAAUCCCAAGGACCUUAACCAGUAUGAUUUCCCCAGCUCAGAUGAAGAACCAUUCUCACAGAUCCAUUCAGGUUCCUCAGAGGCAGAAGAAGAGAAUGACCCAGAUGGCUGCUAUGCGUUCAGGAGGAAGGCCGGCUGUCAGUACUACGCUUAUCGUCCAGACGAGAGUGGCAGCUGGCCCUGGGUAAGCCCAUCAGAUGGUGGGCUCGGCGAUCCACGCUUCCGCUACUGUCUGACCUCGCUGAACAUCCCAAGGCGCUGCAUAGGUUUGUCAAGGCGCCGUGUGGCCAGAGGCGGCAGGAUCUUGUUGGACAGAGCGCACACAGAUGUAGACAACAUCUGCCAGAGCCUGGACUCUGACCCAGAGCCCGAACCACUCGCCUCACCACUUCCAAGCUCUCCGCUCCACAUCUCCAACGCCAGUACCUCAGAAACCAAUACCUCGGACCCAGCCAGCUCCUUCCACCUUCCCCCAUCUUCAUCACCCCUGUCGUCAUUAAAACCGAAGGACCUCAGCCAGAUUCUUUUGAACAUUAAAUCUUGCCGCUGGAGGCACUUCAGACCACGGACGCUAUCUCAUCACCCUUUGGGUGGAGAUUUGUCACGCAGAGGAUUUAGGGAUUUUAGCUGGACUGUGUCAGGACUAAACCGAACCCUGUCUGGAGGAGCCAGCGCCCAGAAUCGCAUUGGGCCAGCCACCACUCCUGUAAAUGUGUUCACGGCUGAGCAGUACCAGCAGCACCAGGAGCAGCUGGCCCUCAUGCAGAAACAGCAGCUGGAGCAGAGCGAACAGCAGCAGCAACAAGCCAAUAUUGUUCCUACAACUACCAACACACAGGCGCUCAUAUCCAAGACAUUAGACCAGGCCAGCGCCCAGUUUGCUGCUUCAGCCCUCGUCACCACGGAUCAGCUGCUGGCUUGUAAGUCCAAAGAGGACCCAGUACCGGUAGUCACGAGUGGAGUCAAUGGGAUCCUCCCAGGUGCAGGUGUUUUCAAAGGUUUGCACCUAUCCAGCACAACAGCAGCCCAUCACCAGACCAACCAGACGACGCACACUACCACCACCGCAGCCCCCACUUUCCUCCAACCUUCCUCCAACUCGGCCACCCCUUCGCCCGCAAAUGCCGUCCCCACCUCCCUCAACUCCAACCCCGGCGCUCAUGCAGCAGCGGCACUGGGGCUCCUGGGGUGCAGCGCUGCCAGUGCCACCCCUGCCACCACUCAGGUCCUCCUCGGGAACAACAUCUGUCUGGGCGUGUCGUCGGCCGCCAGCCUGGCUGCACGCCACAUCCCCCGGACCCUUGGCAAUGUGCCAUCCUCUGCCUUAAAGCUGUCCACCACCACCAACUUGCAGAUCCCCAAAGUAUCUGGAGCAACAUCCAUGGACAUGAGCUCCAGGUGAGGCUUUGCUCAGCAUUUCUAAUGUGUGGCAGGGAAAAUCACGAUGAAGAGAAGCCAGCACUGAACAAUAUAGCAGACAACACAGUGGCCAUGGAGGUGACGUAGUAGCGGUGCAGCAAAGAGUCCGCUCUUUAGGUGCUGUGCAUCGUAGCAUCGGGAAUGCAAAAGGGACGGCAGGACUCGGACUCGCAGACCGGACGUGUGGCCACGGCCGCUCGCAAUUCUCAUCUCUCUCAUACUUUUUAAACCUUUUCUUUCUUCCCUUUUGGUUUUUUUUGUUACUGUUAAAAGUAAAAUAUUGACACCUGUAAAUUAUGAAUAUGGCAAAGUUAGUAUCUGUACAGUAACUUCAUAUUUGUAAUAUCCUCCCCACCACCCAGUGUAUAUAUACUACUUGAAUACAGAACUGUCCAUUUGUGAUGUUUUGCACUUGGGAGUCAAAGGAAAAAAAAAAGUGAGCCAAGUAACUUGUGGCGAGUGUGAGAGACGUGCGAGUUGUAUAGAGAAGAGUUUUAUUACAUCAUGUGCAUGGUGCGGAGCCUGCUGUUUUUAUCUAUUUAUUGUGCUGUGUUUACAGUUUCUUUGUUUUGUUUUUUUAAUUUUUGUUUUGUUUUGUUUUGAUUUUUAUUUGUACACUGUACCUUUUGUUGGUUCCUGUGCUGUAGUAAAUGUUAGGUAGCUACGGACUCCUGGGUAUUUUUGUAUAUUGUGAACACAAAGCAGGUCUCACCCCCCCUACAAACACAAACACACACAGAUUUAUUUUGGCUCCCCGUGCUUCUCUCUGUGGAUCGUGUUAAAAUCAGUGGUGACAUACAUACAGACAGACCUGGAGGCCAGGAGAAGUGGGUGGAGGAGGUGGUUGAAGAGGAGGUGGUGUGGUUCCCUCAUGGAGAGGCACUCCUCUCUUCAGGGGGCUUCCAUUAACAUUAUCCCAAUUACAAGUAACAAAACAGGGAUGAAGUCUCUUCCCAGAAGCUUCUGCCGCUUCUGAUUUAAGCACUAUUGUAUUUUUUCUUUUUUUGAUGGUUUUGAUGAAUAUCAAUGCUGCUUUUAUAUUUUAUUUGUUCUUUAUGGGGUUGUCCUUCAUUUUCAUGCAAGCGGAGUCCCCCGUUUUUGUAUUUGUUUUAUCCCACAAACAUUUUUUAUGUAAAAGAAAAUCAGUUAUUUUUGUAUUUUUUUUUUUCCUCUCUCUUGUGGUAAACUUGAUUGUAAGCCUUCGUUCAUUGAAAGACUUCAUUCUUUUGUUUGUUUGUUACUUGUUCAUGCAUAGGUGAUAAGGGAGGUGAAUGGACAGUAAUUGCUGUACGUGUUUCGUCAUUCCAGUUUUUAAUAACAAAAAAUGCUAAUGAAGGGGCAGAGAGUUGUGAGAAAGCAUCUGUUCUCUCCUCUCUUCCCUUUUCUUCAAGUUCUUUUUUUUUGUUUUUUUGUUUUUUCUUUUUUUUCUUUGAAAAAAGAAUCUCCAGACGGCUGCAAGGCCAAAAACCACAAGUAUUGGGUGCCUUCCUUUGGGGAAUUUUAUGUUCUCUCUUCUAUGAAGAGUUAGGCACAAAGGCAGCAUUACUUAGUAGUGCUUCUCGUCUUUGUCAGAAUCUGAAUGCCCAGUCCAAUGGCAGGAUAUAUCCUUGAGGUUUACUUGUCCCACCUGGAGGCUGAAAAGACUAAAAAAAUGUGACAAAACUCUCACUAAAAUAAGACAAUAAAGCCCAGGGCAUUAAAUGUGAUUUGUUCAGACCCUUCUUUUAUAUGUGUGUGUCUGUGUGGGUGUUUUCAAGGUUGCCAAACUGUACAGAUAAUACAAGUGAGGUUAACUUUGGUUUAUCUGCGAGUUUACUUGUACAUGGUCAGAAAUGUAAAGGGUAUACUUAGGCACCCACUAUCAGGUCUAAAACAAUUGUGACACUGAAUUCCUCAAGCAGUUUCACUGAUAUUUACAUUGGAAGUCUUACUGAACAGUAUGUUCAAAUUACACAUAUGAAUGUCAUAAAUAAUGUAGGAUAUUAGUAGUUUGAUAUUUAAGCUCUGGCUAUACAAGUCGGCCACGCCAAUGUUUUACCCAUGUUUUAAAUAAAGUCUUUGGGUUAAAAUUUAAGUCAAAUUACUAAAACUGACUUGGAUCUUUCAGAAAUACUCAUUACUUUAUUCUGUUGCAUGUAAGGAAAGAUUGAUAGCUCUCACAAGUGUGAUUCUUUACACUUUAGUUGUGAGAUGGGAGUACUGUGCCCCCUCCCC